AUGGCACUCGUUCAAAAACUCAACAUGAUCAUGACGAUCAUAUCCCUGAUCGGCCUAACGGGACUGCUUUCCGUCGCUAAGAGUGAGCCGAACACCAACGUGAAUCUCCUUUGGUGCAACGAGAAUGGGUACGCAGAGGAGGACCCAUAUGCCGACAGUGUGGCCUAUGUCCUUGCAGACUUAAUGAACGUCACGCCCUCACGCCAAGGCUUCGAUUACAGCACAGUCUCUCCAUAUGGGACGGCAGUUUCAUAUGGGCAUGCCACUUGUAACACGGGCCUCUCCAACAACGACUGUGCCAACUGCCUCGUUGCGGCCAAAGCAUCGGUGAGCAGCAGCUGCCUGAACAGCGUGGGUGGGAGGGUGGCGAUGGUUGACUGUGCCAUGAGAUACGAGAAUUAUCCAUUCUAA